AGCAAAGGUGAGCAACAUGAUCCAAACUCAAUCCAAGGUGUCUAAACUCCUGUGAGAUAUACAACGAUGUCUAUUAAUAACAUUUUGAAAGGCAUGGGCUACAAGUUCAUCUCCUCGAUUGGUGAAGGCAGUUUUUCCCAAGUCAAGCUCGCCACCUCUCAGAAGCACCACUGUAAUGUGGCCAUCAAAAUCGUGGACCGCGUAAAGGCCCCCGAGGAUUUCGUCCGAAAGUUUCUCCCAAGGGAACUGGCAGUUUUAAGACAAGUGAGGCACGACCACAUUGUCCAAAUGCACGAAUUCAUCGAGGUGGCCGGUAAGCGACUCUGUAUCGUGAUGGAAGCUGCUGCAAAAGAUCUCCUUCAGAAGAUACAUGAAGUGAAUCGCAUCCCAGAAGACCAAAGCAAAACCUUGUUCUCUCAGAUGGUCAGUGCUGUCAACUACCUCCACCAGAUGGACGUCGUCCAUCGGGACCUCAAAUGCGAAAACAUACUGUUGACAGCCGAAGAACAAGUAAAGAUUACAGACUUUGGUUUCGCCCGCAGCAUUCAAGACCCAUCAGAGCUCAGUCACACCUUCUGCGGUUCUGCAGCCUAUACUCCACCUGAAGUCAUCAUGGGAACGCCGUACGACCCAAAGAAGUAUGACGUAUGGAGCCUCGGGGUGAUUCUAUACAUCAUGGUGACUGGAAAGAUGCCGUUCGAUGACACCAAUGUGAGAAGACUUCACCGGCUUCAGCGGAAGUCUCUGGUUUAUCCGGAUGACGCUCCUGUUGAGGAACCAUGUCGGGUCUUCAUCCGUACUCUGCUCCAGUUUAAUCCUUCCACACGUCCGACCAUUCAACAGGUGGCAGAACAUCAGUGGCUGCAGAUGGGACAAGGCUGAAGAACAAGAGCUAAUAAAACAAUGUGUGCAAUUGCAGAAAAA